CUUGAAAGUCACGGCAAAGAAUUAUCGAACAACUUCCACCUUCAUUUUCUUGCCACCCACCCACUUGCAUCACGAAACGAGGCCUACGAGAUCUUUCACGCGUCACCGAUAAAUCCGUCUCUCGUCGCAAGCCGCGUACUCCUCUGUCGCUGGAGCCCUCGCCGCUGGGGGCUGCCUGCGCAUGGUGAGCAGUGUGUGAUUGUUCGUCGCCAUAUAGAAUCACACUUGACGACAUCGCGGGCAAAAUGCAACAAGGCGCGAAGGCGUGAUCUCUUGAGACAGGCAUCGACCGGAAGGGCACACCUCGCCUCGAAAGGUUUCCCUCGGUGCCCUCUGUGACCCAAAAGCUGCGCAGCAUGGCGCCUGACCAGAACCAGCAAGAGAGGAGUUCCGGCGAGGAUCACCUCGCCUUGGUCGACAAAAUGGUUGCCGCCGCCGAGGACAUCAGAAACGAAAGUAGUGCGCCAGAUGAGUCUGCACCAGCUGUAAUGACCGAGGAAGAUGCGCUGCGGAAUCUUACCGGUACCGUGAGAGACCAGGAUGAGCUCGAGCGUGACAUCACGAUACAAGCCAACGCGGCGCUGAUGGAAGCCGAGGAUAAGAAGGACCAGCACCGGAUCGCCAAGUUGGAUGCAUUGCAGCAGCGCUUACAGCUACAGCUCGACAAGGAGAAGAAGAGACUGGAGAAGGUCGCAGGAAACCCAUACCAGUCGCGCACCAUUCAGAAGGAAAUUGUCAGAAUCGAAGAAGAGCUCCGUCGCGCAAUCAGCGACAUUUCUGACUUUCAGGCACGUAUAGACAAGCGACACCAGGAGGACCCGCUCGAGACUUCAAAUCAGCCCAAGUCGAAAAAAUUGCCUGGAGAGAGCCACCGCGAAUAUCUCAUACGGACCGGCAAGAUCACUCCCUUUGCUAAGAUUGGCGGCGCGCGGCCUGAAGGGUUGGAAGGACAAUUGGCUGAUACGAUCCUCGAUGCUGAGGAGGAGGCUGCUGCUGAGCAAUAUGCCGAAGAUGUCGAAGGCCCGACCUCGCACCAGCUGCUAAGGCGUCCGGGCUUCAAGGACGAAGCCGAGCCUGAAAGGAAGCACCCCUCACCUUCCGCAGCGGAAAGCGAGUUCUCUCUUCGACCGCGGAAGAAGCAGAGAAUCGAGAGGGAGCGAAGCCCGUCGGCAGAUUUUCAACCCGAAGAGUCUUCAGGCUCCGAGUCCGCUGAUGCUGCUAUCUGGCAGCAGGGAACCGAGGAUGACCUUGUGCGAAACGAGCAGCGGAAGCGCGCGGUUAAGGCCAAAGCACUGGAGCAAGAGAAAAUUGAUCUCAGCAAGAUAGAUGAUGGCAACGAGGCACAUUACCAGAGGCGGCUCAAGGAUUGGGUCUCUCGGCGGAGUCGUGCCAGGCUGGCCAGGCGUCAUCAAGCGGCACUGGAUGAUGCCGUAACGGAGGGCGACGAAGAGGAGUGGUUCAAGCCAUCCCCUGAUCAUCCUGACCAAAUUUUCGAUGAUGAUUUGAAAAUGCCUGGCGACAUUCAUCCCUCAUUAUUUGGGUACCAGAAGACUGGUGUCCAGUGGCUUGCCGAACUCUACAAGCAGAGGGUCGGCGGCAUCAUUGGCGACGAGAUGGGUCUCGGCAAAACGGUGCAGCUGAUUGCGUUCAUUGCAGCGCUUCACUACAGCAAGAAACUCAACAGGCCGGUCAUUGUGGUCGCCCCUGCUACCCUGCUUCGGCAGUGGGUAAGUGAAUUCCACCGAUGGUGGCCGCCGUUGCGAGUUUCGAUUCUGCACUCCUCUGGAAGUGGGAUGAUGAACGCCAGGCUGGAAGAUGACUACGACGUCGAACACUAUCGGCCUAUCGCGACAAAAUCUCAGGGCGCGGCGAGGCGCAUCGUCAAGAAUGUUGUCAACAAAGGCCAUGUGCUUGUCACGACGUACACUGGCCUCCAGACGUACGCCGACGAAUUGCUCCCCAUCGAAUGGGAGUACGCCGUGCUUGAUGAAGGCCAUAAAAUUCGAAACCCCAACGCUGAGAUCACGGUGACAUGCAAGGAGCUCAGCACGCCGAAUCGGGUUAUUUUGUCCGGAACGCCGGUGCAAAACAACUUGACGGAGCUGUGGUCGCUUUUCGACUUCAUCUACCCCAUGCGGCUGGGAACCCUCGUCAACUUCCGCACCCAGUUUGAGAUACCUAUUCGGCAGGGCGGAUACGCGAACGCGUCGAACCUUCAAGUCAUGACAGCUGAAAAAUGCGCCGAGGCACUGAAGGAGACCAUCAGCGAGUACCUACUGCAGCGACUGAAAGUUGACGUUGCUGCAGACCUCCCGGAGAAGACGGAGCAGGUUCUCUUUUGCAAGCUGACGGACGGCCAGCGGAAGGCGUAUGAGACAUUUCUCAAGUCCGAUGAGGUCGCGGCUAUUCUGAACAGAAGACGGCAGUCGCUGUACGGCAUCGAUAUCCUACGCAAGAUUUGCAACCACCCCGACUUGCUGGACAAGAGCCUGAAGAACAAGGCUGGCUACCCGUUUGGGAGUCCCAAGCUUUCCGCCAAGCUGCAGCUGACCAAGGACUUGCUUCAAAAGGUCAUGAUACCCAACGGCCACAAGAUGUUGCUCUUUUCCCAGGGGAAACUUAUGCUUAACAUCAUUGAGAAGUGCAUGCGGGAGUGCGGAAUAACUUAUGUUCGCAUGGAUGGAGAGACACCGGUGGACCAGCGGCAGCCUAUGAUCGACAGAUUCAACUCUGACCCCAACAUUCAUGUCUUUCUCAUGACGACGCGUACGGGAGGUCUCGGCACGAAUCUCACGGGCGCAGAUCGCAUCAUCAUAUUUGACCCAGACUGGAAUCCAUCUACCGACUUGCAGGCGCGGGAGCGUGCCUGGCGUUUGGGCCAGAACAAGCCCGUCAAAAUCUAUCGUCUCAUGACUGAGGGCACUAUCGAAGAGAAGAUCUACCAUCGGCAGAUUUUCAAGCAGUUCAUGACCAAUAAGGUUCUGAAAGACCCGAAGCAGCGGAGCUCGUACGACUUGUCGGACCUGUACGAUCUAUUCAGCUACAACCCUGGCGAUGAUCCGGCCUUACAGCGAAGCGAGGUGUUCAAGGGCGCUGAGGUUGACAUUGGCAAUGUAGAUGGCAAGGACAAACAGAAUAAGGACAAGGUUGGUGACGAAGAACGGCAGGAGCUCGAGCGCAUGAAGCUUGUUGCCGGCAUGGAGGAGUACAAGGAGGACAAGUCUGCACAUGACGAGCGGCGCAUGCUCGAAGGCAUCUUUGCGCGCUCGGUCAACAGCGCGUACGACCACGAGCAAAUUGUCAACGGUCCCCAAAAGCCAAAAGCGGACAUCAGAGUCCUCCGCCAGGAAGCCAAUCAGGUCGCCCGCCAAGCGGCAGCGCAUUUGCGGCAGGCUGCCCAAGAGGCCCGGCACGUACCCAUUGGCACCGUGACCUGGACGGGCGAGGUCGGGACCGGCGGCCGUCCAGGUGCCAACCGUCGUCGCGGAGGCCCAAGCUCAGCAGGCAUCAUGAGCAACCUCGCGGACCGGCAGGGGCUCAAUGAUGGUAUGGCCAGCGGGAGCGGCAGCAGCUCCCGCUUGGGGACCCCUGGCGUGGAUCGCAGUUUGAAGGCAAAGGACUUUGUGGCUAUGAUCAAGACUUUCAUCAACAGGCACGGCGGACGGGUGCCGAGCAAGAUGCUCGUUGACCACUUUAACCCGUACUGUCCUGGGCAGAAGCAAAGUGAUGAGUUCAAGACGGCGCUGAAUCGAGUGGCCGUCAUGAGCAAGGCCAGUGGCGCGGGAAGAGGCAUGUGGACGCUCAAGCCCGGACCCAAGUAGAUUGGCCUGCAAGCUCAAGACUUGAAGGGUGACUCUGCAUUUCCAUAGCGUGGAGUACGGAUCAGGUAGAUGCCCAAUAGACGAAGCAUAUGACUGA